GAUAAUAUUGAAAGGGAUUUCAGCAUCACUGAUGAUGCUACAAUUCUUAGGCGUCCAAAAACUUAGGACAAUAAAUCCGUUUGAAUUAGACGCCAGUGAUUUUUAUUCUCGGUAUCGGUUAGACAAAGCCACUGUGGAAUUCAUUAUUCGAGCUUUAAAUAUGGAAAAUCCGAGAAAUAAUAGAGGCCUCCCUCUUAGAGGCCUGUACUCUAGAUUCCUGCAAAGAAAUGUUCAUCAAAGUGUCGUUGGUAUGUUAAUAGAGUGUAAUUAAAAUUUCGAAAUCAAAUUUCAUGAAUAUUACUGUAUUAUAGCUGAUCUGCACGGUUUGUCCCAUAAUACUGUUGGAAGGAUAAUAAAAGAAAUAAGUAAAAGGAUUACAAUGUUGCUGCCGCACUUUGUUCGAUUCACAAGUAGAAAUGAAUUGAGCGAGGUAAACAGCAAAUUUUACCGACUAGCUCGGUUUCCUACCGUGAUCGAAGCCAUCGACUGCACCCUCGUGCGAAUUAAAUGUCCUUCAAAAAAUUUGGGCCCAACUUUGGCAGGUCAUUUCCUGAAUAGAAAGGUGUACUAUUCACUAAAUGUGCAGAUUGUUUGUGAUGCAGAUUGCAAAAUUCUUGACAUCGUUGCAAGGUCACGUGGCUCCAGACUUGACGCUCGAAUUUGGGACAACUGCCACCUAAAAACUCGUUUGUUGGAAAGCAAAUCUGAACAUAACGGUGUAUUAGUCGGAGAUGCAGGUUACCCUAAUUCAUCUAUACUUUUGACUCCAGUUAGAAAUCCCUCCACAGCAAAAUAAGAAAGGUAGAAUUUAUAAAAAGGAUUCCUGAAAUAUUUAAUUUUCUAAUAAUUCUUUUUAGAUAUAAUAG